AUGUCUGAGCCCAUCAGGAAUAAGAAAGCGGACUUUCCAGUGGCUCCGACACCACAGAAUACCCCGGCCAACAAUGCUCCUAUUUCUUCUCAUGCCCAGCAACCUGGAAUUGCUAGUAUCAAAGAAGAGUCUCUUGACCAUGCUACGGCGGCUUCCCUAUUUGCACGCAACCCCGGGCUCGUUUCGAUGAUUCAGGGAAAACUCGGAUCUCUUGUUGGCCGCUCUUCGGGCUACAUUGAAUCUUUACCCGUGUCAGUCCGCCGGCGCGUUGCUGGCCUGAAGGGUAUCCAGAAGGAGCACGCUAAAUUGGAAGCUCAGUUCCAGGAAGAAGUACUGGAACUCGAGAAGAAAUACUUCGCGAAGUUUACUCCCUUGUAUCAGAGGCGUUCCACGAUAGUCAACGGAGCCGCGGAGCCUACGGAUGGUGAAGUUGAAGCGGGACAGGGUGAUGAAGAGGAUGUUGACUCUAAAGAUGAUGCUGAGGCCACCAAAGAAGAGGAUCAGGAGUCCCAAAUCGCCGGCAUACCUGAAUUCUGGCUCUCAGCUAUGAAGAACCAGAUUUCUCUCGCAGAAAUGAUCACCGAGCGAGAUGAGGAGGCUUUGAAACAUCUCGUCGAUAUCCGUAUGGAAUACCUCGACCGCCCAGGCUUCCGUCUCAUCUUCGAAUUUUCAGAGAAUGCCUAUUUCACAAACAAGACUAUUUCGAAGACCUACUACUACAAGGAAGAAAACGGCUACGGUGGUGAUUUUAUCUACGAUCACGCCGAAGGCACUAAGAUCGAUUGGAAGGCUGAGAAAGAUCUUACUGUCCGCAUUGAGAGCAAGAAACAGAGAAACAAGAAUACAAAACAGACCCGGAUUGUCAAAAUCACCGUCCCCACGGAGUCAUUUUUCAACUUCUUCUCCCCCCCUCAGCCCCCGACUGACGAUGAUGAUACCGUUGCUACUGAUAUCGAGGAGCGACUCGAGCUUGAUUAUCAGCUCGGUGAAGACAUCAAGGAGAAGCUCAUCCCCAGAGCCAUUGACUGGUUCACGGGAGAGGCCCUUCAGUUCGAAGAGCUGGGUGACGACAUGGAUGCCGAUGACUACGACGACGAGGAUGAUGAAGAUGAGGAUGAAGAUGAUGAAGAUGAUGAUGAUGAGAGGAGAUCCGACCGGGACGUUGACGAUGACUCCGAUGAAGAGGAUGGCACCUCGAAGCCGAAGAAGGAGGCUGCAGAAUGUAAACAAAGCUGA